GAACGCAGCGGCGGCGCGACGCCUCCCCGAGAUCCCGCGACAUGCGUUGAUGUCUCCCGCCACCCGACAACCACCGCCGUAUACAUGGACAACUCCUGCCUCCUCGACCUCCUCAUCAGGUGCUUCGCGAUGACCGAGCCCGAGGACCUCAACUUCACCGCGUUCACCGACCUCUGCCGCCUCUGCUCGCUCAAGAGCGGGCCUCGCCUUCACAUAUUCGACAAGGAGUCGGAGCAGCGACAGAUUCUAUUCAAACUACGGACCUGCCUGCCGACUAUGCAGAUAUCGAAGGACGACUUCCUGCCAAAGAAGAUCUGCGAGCGGUGUGUGACGAGGUUAGAACAACUAUAUGAGUGGCGUCAGAGCUGUCUCAAUACCGACUCGGUGCUGCGGAACUAUGCUGAGUCUAUGAGGAUCGUUACUUCUACUAUUAAUUUUCAGGAUGGCACGGUCAACAUGGAUAAGAUGACAGAAGCACAAAAAACCGCGUAUUUGGAGGCACAUGUAGCGGUACAACAACAUAUGGCUCAAGCUGCAGCUGCUGCUAGGCGCGAGCAACAACAACAACAACAACAGCAGCAGCAGCAGCAGCAACAACAACAACAGCAGCAGCAACAACAGCAGCAACAACAACAGCAGCAACAGCAACAGCAACAACAGCAGCAGCAGCAACAGCAGCAGCAGCAGCAGCAACAGCAGCAACAACAACAGCAGCAACACCAUCAACAACAGCAACAGCAAUCAAACAACUCCAAUAACACCUCGCGACAUCAUCAAGAAAUGCAACAGGCACAAAGCAACACGCACCCCGGCCACCCUUCUCCACCAACAGUUAGUUCAACUCAACAUCACUAUGCAACCAUUAAUUCUCCAAUCAAAGUUCCGCAAGUAAGCUCCAGCACGGGUGGUCCAGAUUCCACAUUCACAGUUCCAGAUGAUGUUGGGAUGGGAUUUGAAGGAGGAGUGCGAGUGCUACAAAGCCUUGGAAAUUGGAAUUUUUGCAGGUCGCCAGAAGUAACAAAUAAUAUUCCUCGACCAAAUUUGAUUCCCUUCACGGAACCAUACGCCGAAGGUGGAUCAAUGCAUCCGGGAACACGCUUGAAAGCGCUUCAGGGUACCGCUGUAAGAAAACAUCCAGCUAUUAAACCGACCAGCUCAACUAACGACGGAAACAAAGCAUUCGAGUGUACUGUAUGCGGCAAAGGUUUAGCACGUAAAGACAAGUUAACAAUACAUAUGAGGAUACAUACUGGUGAAAAGCCGUACGUUUGUGAAGUUUGCAAUAAAGCGUUUGCGAGAAGGGAUAAACUGGUCCUGCACAUGAAUAAGUUAAAACAUAUAACGCCUUCAAACAUAGCACCUUUGGGUAAACGGACUAUAACUAUACCUCCUUUAAAGUUAGACGACGUCAAGCCGAAACAAGAAGAUACAAAGCCAAGUCAAGCAGAAAUCGCAGCGGUAGCUCAGCAACAACAACAGCAGCAGCAGCAGCAGCAACAGCAACAACAGCAGCAACAGCAACAGCAACAACAUUCCCACCAGCAGCCGAUUCAGGUCUGCCAGGUACCGGGACACAACUUUACGAAUUCAAAUCUAGUUCAUACAAGUGCUGCAACUGCUGCAGUAGCGGCUGCUACUGCGGGCAUGGUGGUAUCGUGGUCUUGCGAGCUCUGCGGUCGACUCUUCGCAACAAGAGAUGAAUGGAGUGCACACGCCAAAUCACAUCUACCAGAUACUAAAUUACUCCAAGAUAAAAUGCAACAGGCCUCACAACAUCAGCAGCAAGAAAAAGUCCACCUGACAAAUCAAGAAAAACUACAAUUACUUCACCAUCACAACCAGAACCAGCAGAUUUUGAAUGGACACGGUAUAGCUACAGCUUCAGUAUCUACAGCUACUGUGGUGAAUGAAGGUGGAGGCGGAGGUGCUUACUUCACACAUGGGCACACACACUACGCGCCGGAGCGGCAGCACACACACGCACACCAUCUGUGUCUCAUGUGUCGUCAGGAGUUCGCUGGGAAAGCGGAGUUCAUGUUCCAUGUAAGAGGGCAUUUCGAAGGUAAAGUGAGUGAUAUAGCAGCGGCUGACGUGUUGGCGCGUUCUCUCGUCGAUAACUCGGGCCUGUGUACCUGAGCCACGCCUACGCCCCUCGGCGCAUUUCAGUCAGAUGUUUGCGGCAAGGGCGUCUUGCAAGACGACACCAUAAUGUUGAAAUUUUGAGACCUAAGUGAUGUUUGUGACGAGCUCGCGCACCUAUUAUCUUGAUCAGUUUUAUACGGAGUGUAGAUUUUUAUAAACUAUUGUUGUUUUAAUAAAGACGAAUCCAAUAAUUUUUUGUUGUAAAAUUAUAGAAUUGGUAUAAAUGUGUUAACAUUUUUUAAAAAUACUUCAUGCAAGCGAGAAAGUUACAAAUUUGCAGUCAUUUUUAUUGAAGUAAUUAAAAUAUAAGGACUAGCGAUUUAUUAAAUAGGACACUUAUUAUCCUAAAAUAUCAAUAUAAUCUUAAAUACAAUGUUCCAAUUCAUAUUAUUUUGAUGGAUCAUUUUUUUUAAGUUCAACGAAAUAUACCUAACGUAAAACAGAAA